GAGAGAGUAAACCUUUGAAGAAGAGUGCGAAUUGACGGAAAGUAAUUUUGGUUUCAAGUGGAAGUGGAAAAUUUAAGUAAUUAAAGCAUAUGAAAAACAUUGCAAAGUAAAAAUAAACACAAAAAGUGCUUUAAUAAACUAAAUUUUAAAAUAAAGAUACAUUUUAUUGUCUGCAUUAUUUUGAGUGAGUCUUGUAUGAACAAAUUUUAAUCGGAUAUCCUUUCCUUAAGUUUCAUACCUUGACAUAAGGGAGCGGUCAAUCACACCAAUAACUGCCUUCAGUUUUAAUAAGUACGAAAUAUAGUUAAAGCCUAAUGGAGUUUUGAUGGCAAAUAUACUCUUAUCUCAACUAAAAAACCAAUCACUCAUUGGUAUUCUACAACUAAGAACAUUUUAUGUAAAUAACUUAAGAUCGUGCGGAAGUAUGUAUGUGGCAUAAGGGUUCAGAUUAAUGCAGGCUUUUUAGGGCGGCAUUUCGUGUUAGUCCGUAAUAACAACAAGUAAAUUUAUGUGAUGGCCCCAUUUAAACUUAAAUUCCGAAUGGGUGGCUCGCGCAGUACAUCACAAGAGCACGAUCCAGAUCCACAAGUAAGCGAGGCGCUACUCAAUCAUCAUCAACAUCACUCGACAGCAAUUGGUGCCAGUAGUUCCACCAUCGACUCGACGGACUGUACCAGUCUCGGUUCAAUGGGUACCAAUGAGCGUAGAUCCUUGCUGCCAAACAAAAGCAACAAUUUACGAUUGGGAUUUAUCGAUCCCAGGGCAGCAGCAUGUAAUGACGAGUCCUCAACGGGUUCCAAUACUUUUCCUACAACGCCACCGUCAACUUACGAUCAUAUGCUAGAAGAGUUAAAGGUUAUCACCCGCGAAGACGGUUCAAUUAAUGGACGAAGAGAUUCCUUAAACAACUCAAGUAACAACAUACUUUUGUUGUCGCUGGAUCACCUCUCCCUAAGCGAGAAUACAACAAUUCAAUGUACAGACCCUAAUUGCCAGGAGAAUUAUAUAUGCAACGAGCAACUCUUGCAACAACGACAGCAAAACGAAUCCUUAAAUGAGCGCAACAAUUUCAAUGAAUUUGCAGAGCAAUCACAAACAUUAAAUAAAAAUCUGCUAAACAACGAGGGCGACAAUUCCGAAGACGACACUCGCAAAGAGUCAAUUGACUCCACAGAACUUUUGAUAUCAACGAAUAUGGCGGCCUCAACAGCAGCAGCAUCAACAACACACAACAACCCGAAUCUUAUGGGGAAUUGUACCGGUGACUGUGAGCAAUGUGAAUCGGGCCAUUACAGCGAGGAAUGCACGGAUGAGUGCAACACCGGCAACAAUGCCCAAGGCAAUAGUGGACUAAACAGCAAUGACUUCUUCGACCCACUUAUCAACCAUAGCGGAUACUGUGGAGAAUCACAUUACAAUCAAGAAAAUGGCGAAAAUCAACUGCAAGACGAAUGCCAAGGUGGUCGAUGCGAUAGUGACAGCGAUGAUGGUUGGAGUACGCAUCAGCAAAUGUCGAACAGUCAUAGCUAUAAUCAUCAGCAACAACAACAAAUGCAAUCGCAGACUUUCGAAUAUAGCAACCAACAUGCGGCACAGGAGCGCUCCGUCACACAGGAAAUAAUUAGCAACAAAUCAUCAAAGGAAAUAUACAAAGAUUUAGCCAAACAGUGGGGCAUAACGUGCAAGAUGUCAGAUGCCUGCCGUUGCAUGGAGUGUCAGGGUCAUUAUUUCGAUUGUGAAUUCGAUGACAAUGAGCAUCAGAAAACGGAUGGCGGACUGGGUGCAGGCACACCAAUGUUCAUCAGUGAAGUGAUGCAUGGUUCCGCAUGCAAUAUACUCUAAGCUCGCCGACUUUGUGCACAGUUCUCGCACGAGACUCUGAGGAAGUGUCUAAGAGAUUUAGCAAGUGUAUGCACUUUGAACGUACACACAUACAUACACUAUACAUAGGCAAAAUUUUCAGAUGUACGUUCUUGAAAGCAACGGACCAUAUGUCUAUACUGAAUAACUAAAUAUGUAGUUAAGUACUGAUUAUAAAAUAUUUGGCAUGGACGCCGCUGCAACAAUUGCCGUACAGGCACCGAAAUAAAAAAGAACACACACACACACACUACAUACAUAUAUAUUGUAUUUUUAAUAUUAAAUGUUGUAGUCAAUACAUAAUCAACGUAACAUUAUUGCACUACAAGUUUUAUUAGAACUGAAAACGAAUCGCACUGAUUAUCAAAGUUUAUAAAAGAAUCAAUACUUAGAUAUAGUGAAUAUUAGAGAAGUUAAAUAUAUUGUGUUUGUAAUGCCGUUAUAAGGAAUUAACAUUAAGAAGUGUUACAUGUUUAUCUACAAAGUAAUGAUUUAUGUUAGGGGUAUUCAUCUGAACGUUUAAAUACCACCCGAAAAAAAAACCCAAAAAAAA